AUGUUGCAGUUUCUAACCUGGAGAAUGUCGCUGACUUCCUGCUCUUGCUUUGACAAUCCUGUGUGUUUUCCUGCAUGCGCAGACAUACGACAGCAGCGUGAGGAGAAUGACGAGUUACGGCAGCGGGUGGAGCAGGCAGAAGGGCGGGCAGAUGAGGAGUGUCUACGGGCAGUUAAAGAAGCUCGCCGGGCAGCUGACGCUCUCGAUGAAGCAGCGCGAGAGCGAGAGAGGGCGGAGGAUUAUUGCGCGCGGGUAAAACGAUUAGAGCGGGAAGUAGCGGUGCUUCAAACGCGAGUUCAAGAAGACCAGCGAAGAGACGCGGAAGGUCAUAGGGCCGAGGGUGAGGGGAGAUUAGAUGCCGGGAGAACUGAAUCAGAUGAGACGAAGCGACAGGCGUAUGUUGAUGGCGAUUUGUUGGGGAAAGGCCAGGGCGAUGAGCACGACAGUGAGCAGGUCGGAGGACGGAGCGGUUCUAGCAGCCCCACAAGCGGAAGUGAAAGCAGCAGUAGCGACGACGGGGCCACAAGUGAGAGUAAUCGCGGUAGUGACUCGGAUAGCGAAGCCGUUUCGUGCUCCAAGUCUGGAACGGACAGAGCGGGUGACGGCGAGGAGAGUGAGAGUGAUGAGGGGGAUAGCGACAGUAGGAAAAUUGACCGACACAGGAAUGAUAGUGACGACGAGUCGAGGGGCGAGGGGAAGGAGAAGGCUGGGGAGGAGAAGGAGGAGGAAGUGGAGAUAGAUGUGGAGGGGUUGGAAGCCAAUGGUAGCGACGAAAGAUCGCAGGGUAACGAGACGACGCCACAGGCGACAUUCGCGAGUGAGGAAAAGGAAAUCGAGCUGAGGGAUGAGUUGGGGCACUUGGAAUUAAUUGAAUUGGGAGGGUGGAGUGAUGGCGAGGGGGAGGUGGAGGCGGGAAGCGGAGGUGGCAAGGUGGAAGAUGCGACGGGAGGAGAGCAGAGUCAGAUUGGCGCGUGUGAGAGUAGGGGACGCGUGGGGGUGACGGGGAUGCUAGAAGGAGCAGAAGAAACAAUGGCGAUGCCCACAAGAAAGGGCGAGUUUUGCGAGGGUGGGGGUGAGCGUGAAGCCGAUGUACGGGAUGUGAAGGAGGAUGACCAGUCGCGGGAGAGUAGUGAAGCUCCAGCGCCCGUAGCACCUGCGCUUGACUGCGCUCGCGCCGACCCCACAGGAGCCACAGCGGCGGCCAUUGGUGAGCAUACAGGCACGGUUCAGCGCGUGACAGCUGAAACACCUGAUGCUGUGGUGAUGGGGAGUAGCAACAAUGGAUAUGGGACGGAAGGGGCAGAUGAGGGACGGAGAGAGGAGGGGAAUGCGCCGGAAGGGGGGCUGGACGGUGCGAGGGGGAGAAAGCGCAAGGAUGGGGGAGGUUCCGACGGAGCUUCGUUGGCGCAUGCGCAGGCGGCGGUGCGCGCGCCGAUGGUAGGACAUGGGGCGGCACGCGCGCAGAGAGCAGUGAUGAGCACGGUAGUAGAGGAACCACCGCUGGAUGAUGUGCGGGCGUUCUUUGCGUCGCUCUGCUUCCCCGUGGCUUGCUCCCCGCCUGCCGCCCCGUCCCCGCCGUCGCUCACUGCAUGCGAGGAGCUUAUUCGGUCGAACAAUGGUCAAAUGGAGCAGCAGCCGCCGCCGGUGCAGCAAACCCAAAAUGGGUGUACCAGACCCGCUGUGUCCGCGUUAGCUCCCCUUCCCCUGGGUCCUCUCCCCGCUCUCCUCCACCUGCCUUCCCCGCACCACCUGCACGCCCCACCCGUGCGCGCGCUGGUUGGCCCUGGCCACAUCGCCCCAUGCAGGGACGACCGCGUUGGCCCCCUGUCGCUGCCUCAUGAGUCCCACACCCCAUCCAGCACACACGGCAGCUGCACUGCUAUCGUCACAGCCACUGCCACCGCUACUCCCAUUGCCACUACUGCUGUCGCCGGUGCCGCUGCCCCUGCUGCUGCCGCUUCUGCUGCUGUACGGGCCAAUGCGGGUGCAGGUGUGAAGGGUGGAACAGAUGUCACUGCCAGUGGCGGCAGCAGCACAGCAGGCAGCAUGCCACCUCCCCAUGCCGUGUGCGCCUUCGCCCCGCCCUCAGGCUCCUCGCACUCCCUGUCAGCCACUCAACCUCCUCCUCUUGCUGUUCCUGCGUCCCCUUCCUCUGUUGCUGGCGCGAGCGCUUCCCUCCGUGAUGCUUCCGCAUCUCACGGCUGCUGCAACGAGCAAAUGCAGGCAGGCGCGGGCGGGAUUCCGAUAGAAGCGGAGAUGGGGGGCGGGAAGAGGGGGCUAGAAGGGUGGGCAGAGGGGGAUGGAGACGCGGAGCGGGAUAUGGAGGCGGAGAAGGAAGCGAGGGGAAGCUCGUGCGGCGAAGGGGCAGCGGUUCUACUUGACCAUUUGGCUGCUCUGGGUGAUCUGGGGGAUGGUGGGGCAGGGAGGGGGAGGGGUUCUGGGAAACGGGAUGCAGGCAGGGGGAAAGCGGGCGAGAGGGGGCAGGGUGGAGGGAGAGGGAGGCGGGGAGGUGGGGUGGGGCGGGGCAGUGGAUUGGAAAGGAGAGCGUCUGGGAAGAAGGGGCAGUGGUGGGUUGAUGUUGGGAUGGCAGCAGAGGGGCAAGACGGGCGAGAAGGCAGUGCUGCAAGGGCUGCGGCGGCUCCCAGCCGUGGGCUUCUCCCGUCCUCUGCAUCCCUCCCUGCUGCGAUCUCCCUCACUCCACGCUCCUCCUCCUCUCUGUCUGCCUUUGAAAUCGCCAAUCCCCUUGUGCCCCUUCUUCCCAACGCCACGGCCCCUACCCCUCCUAUUCCUCCGUCUGCGCCUCCCCCGGUUCCUGCCCUAGUAGGUGCGCCGGGCGCAGGCGCGGGUGUUGGUGCAGGGCGCGCGGCAGGGGGUGUGGGUGCUGGUGCUGCCGCUGCCGCUGCCGCUGCCGCUGGCGCUGGCGCUGGCGCUAAUGUUGGCGCCGGUGCCAGUGCUGGCAUUGCAAGGGCGCGUUCAUCGGGGGGUGGACAGUUGGUGGUGGCGCCAGGGGUGGCAGCAGCAGUGGCAGUGAUGCAGGUGGAGAGGCGAGUGAGGGAGAGGCAACAGCGGGUGUUAAGGAGGAUGAGGAGGGGGUCGAAACGAAGAGGGGAGAGCAUGGGGAGGAACAGCGGGGCUGUUAGAGGUGUGCUAGGGGCAGCAGGGAGGGGAGAAACGGGCUAUGGCGAUGCUGGUGCGAGUGCGUUCUCUCAGGCUCUUCUUGCUCGUUCCAAGUCUGCUGGUGCUCUGUCUAUUACUGCCCCCACAGCAGCACUCGCCCAACCAUCACCAGCUACCGCCACCGCUCCUGCUGCUGCUGCUGCUUCUGCUGCUGCUGUGGGUGGUGGUGCUGCUGCUUUUGGCACACCAGCGUUGCCUUCUGCUGGGUCGUGUCCUGAAAGCUCAGCUGCAGCUCUCCCACCCUCUCUCCCGCCAUCUGCAUCCACCUCUCUCACACCCGUGUGCGCCCCUCCUCACGCGUCCGAGCGUGGCCCCAUGUCCGUGGCUGAAGCCCUAGCAGCAGCAAAGGCAGUGCAGCGCGAGCGGCAGGCGUUGGGCCAAGGAGGGGCGGCGGCAGGAGCAGGAGCGAGGGCAGCAGAGGGCAGAGGAGGAGCUGGUGGUUCCAUGGUGCGAGGGAGUGGGAGCGGUGUAGGCGUGUGUGGGGUAAGCAGUGAGCAGCGAGGAGGGGAGCAGCGGAGGGGACGUGUGAGGGGAGAAGCAGGCUGGAGUGGCCUGGACGUGCUUCGUUGCUCUGCAGUACCUGCUGAGACGCCUCACUCCAGCACCCUUACCGCUCUCAACCGCUCGUCUAUGCGAGCUGUUAACUGGAGGAGGCAUGCUGCUAAUGGGGCUGGAACAGGGGCAGUCAGGGGUGAUGCGGGGUGCUGGGAUGGCAGGGAUGGGUAUUGUAGCGAUGGAGGUAUGAUGAGGCAGGGGCGAGGAGAGGCGAACAAGGCAGGAUGGGCGGUGGGAGAUGUGUUUAGAAGAGGAGGUGCAAGUGGGGACGGGCGGGAAGACGACGUGCGGGGCUGCCUCACUGCUGUCUGUCUCUUCUUCUGCAAGGCGGCGCUCCUAGGGUUCCGUCUUUACUGCCUGCCUGCAACCCCACUCACCUGUCACUGCAGGGCCCCUGCCCUCUUCCUCUCCUCUUGCUUGCUGCUGCCUGCCCUGUUUGGCAAAGGGAUGCUGUCUCAACCACAGCAGCUGCUGGCUCCAUUACUGCUGCCUCUAUCAGAUGAGAUGAGGCCUCGACUUCGUUGUUUGGAUUGCCUUGCCUGCUCCAUGGCUAGUAGCGAUGCGUGGGCUUGCGUUGUGGCCACGUUGUGA